CGCUGAGGCGUGGUAGGAAGUGGCAGCCGUCAAUCACGCGGGGAGACUCCAAACAGUGAGCCUUGAGCUGGAGAACAGCGUUUACCGGCGGGGCGGCCGGUUUUAUGAAUGAAGCUAUGGCUACAGAUUCCCCUAGAAGACCCAGUCGUUGUACUGGUGGAGUUGUGGUUCGCCCCCAGGCUGUCACAGAGCAGUCUUACAUGGAAAGUGUUGUGACUUUUCUACAGGAUGUUGUGCCACAGGCUUACAGUGGAACACCUCUAACAGAAGAAAAGGAGAAAAUAGUCUGGGUCAGAUUUGAAAAUGCAGAUUUAAAUGAUACAUCAAGAAAUCUGGAAUUUCAUGAAAUACAUAGCACUGGGAAUGAACCGCCUUUGCUGAUUAUGAUUGGGUACAGUGAUGGAAUGCAGGUCUGGAGCAUCCCUAUCAGUGGGGAAGCACAGGAGCUCUUCUCUGUACGACAUGGCCCAAUUCGAGCAGCUAGAAUCUUGCCUGCUCCACAUUUUGGUGCUCAAAAAUCUGAUAACUUUGCUGAAAAAAGACCCCUCCUUGGUGUUUGUAAGAGCAUUGGAUCAUCUGGCACAAGCCCACCUUACUGUUGUGUGGAUUUAUAUUCACUUCGUACUGGGGAGAUGGUCAAGUCCAUUCAGUUUAAGACAUCUAUUUAUGAUCUCCACUGCAACAAACGGAUCCUCGUGGUAGUCUUGCAGGAGAAAAUUGCUGCCUUUGAUAGCUGUACUUUCACAAAAAAAUUCUUUGUUACAAGCUGCUAUCCAUGUCCAGGGCCAAACAUGAAUCCUGUUGCUCUUGGAAGCCGCUGGCUUGCUUAUGCAGAAAACAAGUUGAUUCGAUGUCAUCAGUCCCGUGGUGGAGCCUGUGGAGACAACAUUCAGUCUUAUACUGCCACAGUCAUUAGUGCUGCUAAAACAUUGAAAAGUGGCCUGACGAUGGUUGGGAAAGUAGUGACUCAGCUGACAGGCACACUGCCUUCAGGUGUGACAGAAGAUGAUGUUUCCAUCCACAGUAAUUCACGACGGAGUCCUUUAGUCCCAGGCAUCAUCACAGUUAUUGACACUGAAACAGUUGGAGAGGGCCAGGUGCUUUUGAGUGAGGAUUCUGACAGUGAUGGUAUCGUGGCCCAUUUCCCUGCCCAUGAGAAGCCAGUGUGCUGCAUGGCAUUUAAUACAAGUGGAAUGCUUCUGGUUACAACAGACACCCUUGGCCAUGAUUUUCAUGUCUUCCAAAUUCUGACUCAUCCUUGGUCCUCAUCACAAAGUGCUGUCCACCAUCUGUACACUCUUCACAGAGGAGAAACUGAAGCCAAAGUACAAGACAUCUGCUUCAGCCAUGACUGUCGCUGGGUUGUGGUCAGUACUCUGCGGGGUACUUCCCACGUUUUCCCCAUCAACCCUUAUGGUGGCCAGCCUUGUGUUCGUACACAUAUGUCACCACGAGUAGUGAAUCGCAUGAGCCGUUUCCAGAAAAGUGCCGGACUGGAAGAGAUUGAACAAGAACUGACAUCUAAGCAAGGAGGUCGCUGUAGCCCUGUUCCAGGUCUAUCAAGCAGCCCUUCUGGCUCACCUUUGCACGGGAAACUGAACAGCCAAGAUUCCUACAACAAUUUUACCAACAACAACCCUGGCAACCCUCGACUUUCUCCUCUCCCCAGCUUGAUGGUAGUGACGCCUCUUGCACAAAUCAAGCAGCCAAUGACAUUGGGGACCAUCACCAAACGAACAGGGCCUUAUCUCUUUGGAGCGGGGUGUUUUUCCAUAAAAGCUCCAUGCAAAGUUAAACCUCCUCCACAAAUUUCACCCAGCAAAUCAGUGGGCGGAGAGUUUUGCGUGGCUGCUAUUUUUGGGACAUCCAGGUCAUGGUUUGCAAAUAAUGCAGGUCUGAAAAGAGAAAAAGACCAAUCCAAACAAGUUGUAGUUGAGUCCCUGUACAUUAUCAGUUGCUAUGGAACCUUAGUGGAGCACAUGAUAGAGCCACGGCCCCUCAGCACUGCCCCCAAGAUUAGUGAUGACACUCCACUGGAAAUGAUGACAUCACCUCGAGCCAGCUGGACUCUGGUUAGAACCCCUCAAUGGAAUGAAUUGCAACCACCAUUUAAUGCAAACCACCCUCUGCUCCUCGCUGCAGAUGCAGUACAGUAUUAUCAGUUCCUGCUUGCUGGCCUGGUUCCCCCUGGAAGUCCUGGGCCUAUUACUCGACACGGGUCUUAUGACAGUUUAGCUUCUGACCAUAGUGGACAGGAGGAUGAAGAAUGGUUAUCUCAGGUGGAAAUUGUAACGCACACUGGGCCCCACAGACGUCUGUGGAUGGGUCCACAGUUCCAGUUCAAAACCAUCCAUCCCUCAGGCCAAACCACAGUCAUAUCAUCCAGUUCAUCUGUAUUGCAGUCUCAUGGUCCGAGUGACACACCACAGCCCCUUUUGGAUUUUGAUACAGAUGAUCUUGACCUCAACAGUCUCAGGAUCCAGCCAGUGCGCUCUGACCCAGUCAGCAUGCCAGGGUCAUCCCGUCCAGUCUCUGAUCGAAGGGGAGUUUCCACAGUGAUUGAUGCUGCCUCAGGGGAGUGGGAACAGUGGGGAGCGACCAGCCCACAGGAAGAGGACACAGGUACCUUUGACCGCAGCGUGACCCUGCUGGAGGUGUGCGGGAGCUGGCCUGAGGGCUUCGGGCUGCGGCACAUGUCAUCCAUGGAGCACACCGAGGAGGGCCUCCGGGAGCGGCUUGCUGACGCCAUGGCCGAGUCCCCGAGCCGGGACGUCGUGGGAUCUGGAACAGACACAGCCCUUGACGUAGCAGUAAAAAACUUCACCCCUGAGAGACACAUGGCUGUGAAGUGUUGUGGGAAAAAAAAAGGAAAAAAAAAACAAUGCCAACAGCCCAGCGUCCGUGAGCAACCCAACAGUAACAAAGCAUGCAUUCGGGAUGGAGGAAGAACUUCAGCGAGAGGGAAGCAUCGAGACUCUGAGUAACAGCUCCGGUUCCACCAGUGGCAGCAUCCCAAGAAACUUCGAUGGCUACCGAUCUCCACUUCCCACCAACGAGAGUCAGCCCCUCAGCCUCUUCCCUACUGGCUUCCCGUAGGUACCAGCAACCUGCUUCUGGCUGGCCAGCCCGCUCGCCUGCUGGAGGAGGGGAGAAGCCCCCCUCUGGUCCUACCCUUCAGUUUCCUCUUUCAUCAACCACCUUCCCUAAGCUUAGUGACAGCAGCCACCCAUCCUACCUGGAUUGAGAAGAGACCCUUCUCCAAAGCACCUUCGUGUACCUGACCCCUGCCGCGCCUGUCAGUGGGGGCUGUGGCCAAGAGAGACUGCAGAAGCUCAGUCCCUUCUCUGUUUGCACAUGACAUCCUGCAUUGGAUCCGCUUUUGUAUUUUUUAACAUACCCACAGGGGCCUGGAACAGUGACCAUAUCUCGGGUGGGGAGAGGGUGGAUGGUCCAGCAGAGCAUUUGACCCUGCGUGGACGGUCUCAGCCCCAGCCUCCUCUGGCUGUGACACACACUGCCCCCAGCUUCCCUUGGUCAGCCCUGCUCCAGCAUGGGGUGAACUGAGGCCCAGAGUAUUAGGGAAGGAGAAGAGAAGGAGAUACCUCCCCUUCCUCCCUUCCUUCCCCAUCGGCUCAUGGGAAGAAUUUUUCUUAUCUUUAAGCCCUUUUACCCCGGUCCUGUACUGUUCAGUGAAGGAAAUUGGUUACUGAGGCCCUGUCGAAAGUGCACGUCUUGUCUAAUAAAUCACGCUGCAGUUGGUGUCUA